AUAAUUUUAACGGUGUCAAAAGUGAAAUCACAUGGCCUAAAGGUUUUCUUUUAUUUGGAAAAGAAGAAACAUAUAAAACAUGAUACACUGCAUUGCUAAAGAAAAGUUUAAAGAGGCAUAAGUUCAGCAUAUGUACUUUUAGCACCAAAGUUUAAUUGAGAGGAAAAGGUAGGAAAAUAGCUAUGAGUGAUUGCAAAACUAACUCUUCCAAGGAACAGGACAUCAGGGAGCUACCUCUAACCUGGAUGAGGAAGAUAAUAACAGCACUAUUCAUUCUCGAUAAAGACAAUGAUGGAAUUAUGGGGCAUGAAGAUCUAAUGCAGAUGGCAGACAACAUCAUAAAAGCAGGGAACUUGAGUGGCAAGGCAGCAGAUGAACUAUAUGAGAUCUAUAGGGAUUACUGUGAUUCUGGGACAUCAAAAGAGAUUGUUGCAAGUUAUUCAUUAACAAACCAGCUUCUAAAGCUUUGGAAAUACAAAGACAGCCCAGAGACCAUUGACAAAUGGACCACUAUGUACUCUAGAAUCUUUAAGGUUCUAUGUUCAGACUCUGGCAUCGUGACCUUCGAUAACUACAUGAUAUUUUGGAAUGGGAUGAACCUUGAUAAAAGAUUUGCAAAGAUGCAGUUUGACUAUCUAGAUACGAACAGCGACGGCCUGUUAAGCCAGGAUGACUUUGUCAAGGGAAUUUUGGACUAUGGUACAAAUACUGAUGAGAAUACACUCAAUAGAUUCUAUGGACCACUUAUAAACUAUUAACUUUGGGUAUCUUAGAGACACAGACAGACCCGUUUUAGUACUUAGCUCUUUUAACGUAUUUGUCUGAAAUAAAGAUGCUCAGUAGAAACUAACGCAAUUAAUUAUUUGUAGAUGU